AUGCCUCGGCCAAACACGCCAUCCCGGCCGCCCGAGUACGAGUACAGCGUGGCAAACUACAGGGACGAGUACGAGACGCCGACGGGCCAGCGUUCUGCCGCCGUGCGGCUGCUGACCUCGUACGACGACCCUGCCGAUGGCACGAGGGCCUAUGGGGAUGCCCAGACGAACACACCUACCCAGACGUACGGUCCCUCCGUCUGCCCCAGCCGUCGCUCGCCGUGCUGUCCGACAGGCGAGGCAGAGCACGACGGCGUGAACAAGGCACAGGCACAGGCACGGGCACGGGUGAAGCCGCCUCUCGUCCGCCUCGACCUCCUUCCACCUCGGCAGAGACCCGUCGACGACUGCAAAGUUGCGGAAGUUGCGGCGCAGACGCCGAUAGCGACGGCAGUCGAGCACGCUCCCGGCCGGCACCCUUCGAGACGCCGCCCUGCCAGAGAACUACGGGCGACCAGCUCUCGAAGCCCGAACCGAAUGCCCAAAACCCCGGCCGUCGUGAUGGAGGAGCACAAACACUCUCGCUCACCUGCGCCGCCGCAUAGUGCCCGAUCCCCGAGACGAUCCUACCAGCCGAGCGUCACCUCGUCCCACUCGCGAUCCGCCUCCGUCCUCGACGAUGCCCCCAACUUGCCGCCUCCCGACUCGACCUACGUGCCCUUCGCGAGCAGGGGAAACGCUUCGCCCUCACCCCACAGACCCUGGACCCCCUCGUCCGUCGCCUCCGACUACGCCCGCCCGCCCGCUUCCAACGUCGCCUACGAACCUUCCGACCUCAACGGCAGCCCAAGGCCGGGUACGCCCUCGUCUCGUUAUGGUGGGAGCCCGCGUCGCCCGCUGCCUCCCGCGCCUCUCUUUUCCAACUCCUUCUCCGCCGCCGCCGCCCGAGGCUCGCACGUCUCCGCCGACGAAGCCACCAUCUCCAUCCCCCUGGACGCCGACGACGACGACGUUUUCGCUCCCGGCCCCGAGGCGGACCCGAGCGAACCGCGACCCCUGCCCGUACUCCGCGACUCUCCCCUGUUUGCCUCGCAGGAGACGCUCAAUGACGAGUCCGACGCGUGGGACAAGGCGGAGCUGUACGGCCCAGCCCCCGACGGCGCCCAGGAGCGCCGCGGCGUGCGCGCCCCCCUCAUGUCCAAGAAGGAGGUCCAGCUCAUCAACGGCGAGCUCGUUCUCGAGUGCAAGAUCCCCACCAUCCUCUACAGCUUCCUGCCCCGCCGGAACGAGGUCGAGUUCACGCACAUGAGGUACACGGCCGUCACCUGCGACCCGGACGACUUCGUCGACAGGGGCUACAAGCUUCGCCAGUCCAUCGGCCGCACCGCGCGCGAGACGGAGCUCUUCAUCUGCAUCACCAUGUACAACGAGGACGAGGUCGGCUUCACGAGGACCAUGCACGCCGUCAUGAAGAACAUUGCCCACUUCUGCUCCCGCUCCCGCUCCCGCACCUGGGGCGAGAACGGCUGGCAGAAGAUCGUCGUCUGCAUCAUCUCGGAUGGCCGCGAGAAGAUCCACCCCCGCACCCUCGACGCCUUGGCCGCCAUGGGCGUCUACCAGCACGGCAUCGCCAAGAAUUACGUCAACAACCGCGCCGUCCAGGCCCACGUGUACGAGUACACGACCCAGGUCUCUCUCGACGCCGACCUGAAGUUCAAGGGCGCCGAGAAGGGCAUCGUGCCUUGCCAGAUGAUCUUCUGCCUCAAGGAGAAGAACCAGCGCAAGCUGAACUCGCACCGCUGGUUCUUCAACGCCUUUGGCAAGGCCCUCAACCCCAACGUUUGCAUCCUGCUCGACGUCGGCACCCGCCCGGGCGGAAACUCUCUCUAUCACCUGUGGAAGGCCUUCGAUACCGAUUCCAACGUCGCCGGUGCCUGCGGAGAGAUCAAGGCCAUGAAGGGAAGGCUCGGCUCCAACCUGCUCAACCCUCUCGUGGCGUCCCAGAACUUCGAGUACAAGAUGUCCAACAUCCUCGACAAGCCCCUGGAAUCCGUCUUCGGAUACAUCACCGUGCUGCCCGGCGCCCUCAGCGCGUACCGGUACCACGCCCUGCAGAACGACGAGACGGGCCAUGGGCCUCUGAGCCAGUAUUUCAAGGGCGAGACCCUCCACGGCCAGCAUGCCGAUGUCUUCACCGCCAACAUGUACCUCGCCGAGGAUCGCAUUCUCUGCUGGGAGCUGGUGGCGAAGCGAGACGAGCGAUGGGUGCUCAAAUACGUCAAGGGCUGCACCGGCGAGACGGAUGUUCCGGAUACCGUCCCCGAGUUCAUCUCUCAACGCCGACGAUGGCUCAACGGCGCCUUCUUCGCCGCCGUCUACUCCCUCUUUCAGUUCCGACAGAUCAUGACGACCGAUCACACCAUCGCGCGCAAGAUGCUCCUCAUCAUCGAAUUCGUCUACCAGGCCAUACAACUUCUCUUCACAUACUUUUCCCUCGCCAACUUCUACCUGACCUUCUACUUCGUUGCCGGUGGCUUGACAGAUCCGGACGUCGACCCUUUCGGCCACAACAUUGCCACUGUGUUCUUCACCGUUCUCAGGUACACCUGCGUGCUCCUCAUCGCCACCCAGUUCAUCCUGUCCCUGGGAAAUCGACCGCAGGGGGCCCGGAAGCUCUAUCUAGCGAGCAUGAUCAUCUACAGCAUCAUCAUGUGCUACACCAUCUUUGCCUCCAUCUACAUUGUCGUCUGGCAGCUCACGGGAAAGCGAGCGGAAGAGCAGAGGAUAGAGAUUGGGAACAACGUCUUCACCAACCUCAUCGUCUCCACAGCGUCCACCAUCGGCUUGUACUUCAUCAUGUCCUUUCUCUACCUCGAACCCUGGCACAUGAUCACCUCCUCGCUGCAGUAUUUCCUACUGCUGCCGAGCUACAUCUGCACGCUGCAAGUCUACGCCUUCUGCAACACGCACGACGUCACCUGGGGCACCAAAGGCGACAACGUCAUGAAGACGGACCUCGGCGGCGCCGUGGGCAAGGGCCAAACAGUCGAGCUCGAGAUGCCCAGCGAGCAACUUGACAUUGACAGCGGGUACGACGAGGCCCUGCGAAACCUGCGAGAUCGCCUCGCCGCACCCGAUCAGCCGGUCAGCGAGGCGCAGCUGCAGGAGGAUUACUACAAAAGUGUACGAACGUACAUGGUGGUGUCUUGGAUGAUUGCCAAUGGAAUUCUCGCCAUGGCCGUCUCCGAAGUGUACAGCAACAAAGGCAUCGGCGACAACUUCUACUUGCGAUUCAUCCUCUGGAGCGUCGCCUCACUGGCCAUAUUCCGUGCCCUGGGCUCAACAGCAUUUGCCAUCAUCAACGUCGUCAACAUCAUGGUGGAAGGAAGGAUGCGCAUGAGCAUCAAGAUGCCACAAUGGAUGGGCGGCGUCGGCAGCAAGCUGAGCGAGACGGUUAGCAGCGUGGGCAGCAGUCUGAAGAGUUGA